AUGGAUUCUGGUGAACUGUUGGAAAAUGUUCUAUCAAGAAUACAGUUACUUCCAUGGAAGGAACAACACGACAUUGAAUUGCUACUUAAGGUAUUACGGCGUUAUGAAAUAGAUAAUAGAGUAUUAAGGCCAUUUGACAAAGUUUACAUUGAUGAAAGUAAUUAUUUUGUAGUGUUGUUUUGUGACCCAGUAGAAGGAGGUGCACUGUCAGAAUCUACUCAAGUUUUUGCAAACGGUAAACCAUUAAUACCCCUACGAAAGGUGCACUUUUUGGCACUGCCACCAUUUAAUGCUGCGCUUUCACCCCUUGCUCAAAAGGUUUCUACAAUUAGACUCAAUAGAAUGUUCCAAGAUCAGAGAGAAUUUGAUAGGGAAAUUGAAGUUUCCAGCUCUGAGGUUGAAAAUUUAUGUGGAAGUGAUCAGCUCUGUAAACUCUACAUUGAGCCAUACUUUCAGAAAAAAAAGAGAGAGCCUGUAUAUGUUGGAAGAAAAAUGGAAAUAGACGGAAUACUUUUUCUUGUAUGGGCGUGUGAACCGUCUCAAAUUGGUGUUGUUGAUCGAAAUACUGAAAUUUACAUUAACUGGGAUUGUUUUGGUGAAUUUAAAAGAAUUCAUGUAAUGCCUUUUUCAGAUACUCUGCCUCAAACAUAUUCUUUUGAUAUUUUUCAGGACUAUCUCAAACCUUUUUUGUCGAGGUAUACUUUUCAUCCCUUUUCGGAAGGUGAAAGCUUUACAUACAAUGGUGUUCAAUUUAAAAUAAUUGCAACGGACCCUGCUGGAGUUAAAGCUCGAAUAGGUGAUAACACAACGAUUUAUUGCCAAGGUAGUCUAACACCGUCGAUAGUUGAUCUUCUACCAGUUCACUUAUUAGAAAGUAUAAUACGUCUACCUCCAAGAAGCAGGCCAUUUUCAAUUCUACAGGCUCUUGCACACCUCCCUCCAUCAGAUGUCGACCGAAUAUUUGGUUCUGCUGACUCGAAUAAUAAUCGAGGAAUAAAUAAUGAAAUUGUAAGUAAAAUAACGCAAAAAUCAUAUUAUUAUGAAGGGAAUGAAACAGGUAGUUCGGAUGAUGCUCCACUCUGCACAGUUUGCCUAUCCGAAGUGAAUGAAGGAGAGCUUGUGGUUAGAUUGGAUUGCCAACAUAUCUUUCACCAUCAGUGCAUUAAGGAAUGGUUCAAGAUGUCUGUAAUUUGUCCACUUUGUAAAGUAGAUGUUAGGGGUAAUAGUAGUUAA